AUGCAUCGUCGCUCUGCUUCCCCGAGCGUUUCUUCGUUGUUUCCUUCCCCUACUUCUGGCAAUGUACUUGAAAGAGGUCAUCUAUUUGCCGGUGAACAAACCACUAUGGCUCGACCACCGACUGAGUCUUUGAAAGAACAUAACACCGGCAUUCGACGAAAGUCCAGCCCUAGUAUUCUUAAACGUUUAUCAGGUUCCCCUUCCGGUAUAGGCUUAGGGUUUGGGGGGUCACGUAAGAAAAAGAAAAAGCAACAGCAAUUGCAAUCGGAAUUGAGUCAGAACCAGCUUAUUAUACAACAAGCCCCACAAAGGCCUACACAGACAACUCAAGAAGCUAGUCCUCGAGCUCAGCCUCUUAUUGGGCAAACUUUAUCUUUGACGGGCUUACAGACUCACAUCCGGUCGGGAACCCCUCAUACAAUUACCGUUGGUGCAAAGACGACCACUGGGACGUUCAGUAGCCUAAUAACAGUUCCCAUCAAUGUCACUGAUACAGGCGUAGAAGAGUUAGCAUUUGGAGCUAAUAAAGAGGAAUGUAAUAUAAAACAAGCCCGUCAGAAUAUCUCCUCAGGAAAAGUGAAAGCUGCGACAGCCCUUGGUUUCUCAAUAUUGAGUGCUCGAGGUCGCUUGAUUUCAGUAGCCUCCACACCAUCUGUCCAUCUGGCUGUGAUACAAGACAAAGAGUCCGGGAGCACACAACCUGGAGUUAAGAUGCGCAGGGUGAGCUAA